AUGAAACGUCUUUCAUUUCUAUUAUGUACUAUUUCCUCCUUGGCAUUCGCUAUUGCAGCACCAAGCCAGUAUGCAGCGCCCCCUCAAGUACAAACCAGAGUUGAGUGGCGGAAAUUAUCAAAAUCAUCACAAGCAGAAUACAUCGAUGCUGUAAAAUGUCUCGAUAAGCUACCCUCAAAGCUUGGUUUAACCACAUCUCGCUACAACGACUUCCCUUAUGUUCACAGAACACUCAACAUCCAGAUCCACUUUGUGGCCCAAUUUCUACCCUGGCAUCGAUACUUUGUCCAUCUUUAUGAGACCUCUUUGCGAGAUGAAUGCGGCUAUCGCGGCUCUAUGCCCUACUGGGACUGGACAAUUGACUCAAAGGAUAUGUCUAAAAGCCCAAUAUUUUCAAAAGAUAAGAUUCGUGGUUUCGGCGGCAACGGUGUCGGAGGAGGCUUUGUGAAUCCAGGGCGACCAAACCCCUUAACGAUGUGCGUCCUAGAUGGAGCGUUCAACAACUUCACUGUCCAAUACUACGAUCAAACAUCGAGGCCACACUGCUUGAAUCGCGGUUUCAACGAUGGCUUGACAUCGGCCGGAAAGUUCCAAGGAGAUUCUUACUCGCCACAAGCGGUUUCAAAGAUAAUAAGCGACUCUAAGAAUUUUACUAAAUUUACCAGGGAUCUUGAGAAUGGACCACACGGCGCUAUUCAUCAAGCCAUAGGCGGGGACAUGGUGCCAUCAACAUCACCAAACGAUCCUGUCUUCUUUCUUCAUCAUGCACAGAUUGAUCGGUUGUGGUGGGUUUGGCAGCAGCAAAACCCAAAGAAGCGCAACUCUGACUUCUCUGGCAUACGCAUCCUUGCCUCUGGGGUAACCGAUAAGAAACUAUCAAGCUUAAAGGAUAAGAUGCCAAUGCUCGGAUUAGGCCCAGACAGACAAGUUUCUGAACUAAUGACAACAACGUCAAACUUGUUGAAUUAUAAUUACAUCUAA